CGUGCGCAGCGAUCAAGCGGGGUUGUCCUUCAGUAAUAGCCUGAGCUAUCCCGAUAGCCUUCACCUAAGCGAACCUAGGCGUACCUGGAACAACAGUAACGUUACGUUAAAAGGAAACUACACCGUUGUGGACCAUGGCGGCAAGGAUUUUGCCCGUAGUGAAAUUGGCCACUAAGUUGACCAUUGCAGGAGGAGCUCUGUACAUCGCCUGUGACUCUGGUCUGUUGGGAAGCAGUGAGCAGGGCUCAGAAGCCCUAAAGAAGGCCAAGGCUGCAAUACCCCCCGCCAUAGAGGAAUGGAUGAAGUACUUUGGCCUGGAGACUCAGCUUCCAACCAUACCUAAGGUUGAAUUCUCCCCGGUUCAGGCGUGGAACUCUGGGGUGCGGCAGUCAAUUUCAUCUCUUUCGGAGGCUCCAACAAACGCAACUAAAUACACAAAUCAGGGUUUGCAGUACCUGAAAGACCUCACCAAGUGAACAGGAACUCUCCGGACAGCCUGACAUUUAUCAAUCUUUUUGAGUUUUGCACUUAAAUAAUGACGUUACUUCUUCAGACAUUGUCCCUCCCAAGAAAGAAGAAACAGCCCAACAUGAAUGAAAACAGACAAAAAGAAGUUAUGUGAAAGUCAGCUGCAUGGAGGGCACUCUCUUGAAAGGGUACUGGGGUUCUCUAAAGGAUAUUGGCAUUGUAUUGUACAUAAUGCUAGGAAGCUAAAUUUAUUUUUAAAAACAUUUUCAUUUUUGUGUAUACCACCAUAUUUAAUUUUGCUCAGUAAUGUCUAAUAUACAGUAGUUAUUUUCCCCUUUGUUCUCUUAACUACCCAAAUGUUCUGAAGAGUCUGUCUGUCUGUCUGUCUUAUAUAUGCAGUUUCACCAUUUGUGACUAAACAAUACAUCCAUCUUGAAA